UGGAAUUCUGUUUGUCUACCUACCGCCGCAUCUGACAUAUCAAAACUGCAAACCGUGAAGCACCAUAGAACUGCAUCCGCUUUUGCAGCGUUCCCAUUCAGUCAGGUUCCGAGAAGCGGAUCUCCGAUAGUACGAUUUCCGCGUUCGUCUGUAUCGCGACGUCAUCGAUAUCUUCGACGCCGAGUGAAGUACAUAUAUACACACAGGAAGUUCGACCACAACCGUCACAUUGGCUCGAUACAUUUACAUUGCAACACGUUGAACGUCCGUCUACGCCCAUCAUGUCGAAGUCUCCUAUAACCUGUCAUGUCCUCGAUUCAUCGCUUGGUAAGCCAGCGAAGGGUGUCCAAGUGCAGGUUCAAGAGUACCACGAAGUCGCCAAAGACACCGCAGUGUUCAGUCCGUUGGCGGAGAGUAAGACUAAUGAAGACGGAAGAUGCAUGGACCUCUGUCCGAAAACGAAGAGCGAGGAGGCGACGGUAGAGGGCGCGAAGCUGAAGGCGGGCAAGUUGUACAAGGUGGUCUUCAAGACAAAGGAGUACUUUGAGAGCACCGGGCGCAAAUGUUUCUACCCUUGGGUAGAGAUCACCUUCGAGGUGGAGAAUCCUAGCGAGCAUUAUCAUAUUCCGCUGCUGAUUAGCCCAUACUCGUAUACAACUUAUAGAGGAAGCUAAACAUGCAAAGCUUCCUUCAUGAGCAGGCCACUACGUCGCUACAAAUACAUGUAAUAUACAGUUCAGGCAACAGACAAUAAUGCGAAAUGCACACUGACAAUGAAGC